AUGAUAAACCUUCGCUCUGCCACAAUCUCCGAUGUUGAAGCUAUUCUCCGUGUUCACUAUGCUGCUGUUCACGGACCAGCAACCUCAACCUUCUAUACACAAAAUAUUCUUCGAAAUUGGUCCCCUUCAGCCACAGACGAACGUCGUCUCAAUCAAUUACAUCAAGCGAUACAGAACAACGAAGAACUAAUUGUGGUUGCCGUGUCGAGCGAGAACGGUAUGAUCGUCGGAUUCGGUUCCGUCAUUCCCUCUCAACAAGAGCUUCGUGCAGUCUAUGUCGAUCCAGCGUUUGCUCGUCGAAGUAUUGGAACGAAGGUUUUAGCAACUCUUGAAAAACUCGCUAUACAACACGGUGCACAUAAACUGCAUCUGGAUGCCUCAGUAAAUGCUGAAACAUUUUAUUAUCAUCAUGGAUAUUCAGUGGUAGAUCGUGGUAGUCACAGAUUAAACUCAGGUAUUGAUAUGGACUGUGUUAAAAUGAGCAAAGACCUACGCGCGCAUUUAUGA